AUAAAGUCCCGUAUAUAUCUUACACUGGGACUUCGAGGCUACCUUCAGUUUUCCGCUUACCAGGUGAAGUGUGGAGUUCAUUCGAGCGUUACUACAGUCUGCGAAGUGGCAUGGAAUUGAUAUCGAGAAAGGAUAUCGAUCAUGAUCACGAAGUGCGCCUCUAGCUUCUUGUUUGCUCUCCUCGCUUCUCAUAUAGUCGCUAACAGUGGUUUGAGAUGCUACGACUGUUCCGACAACAAUCGGGGAAAUUGCCAAGCUACAGACGCUAAUAAACAGAAUGGCUACAUACGAGGUGUCGAUUGUGGAUCGAAUGGGUCGUGCGCUGUCGUGUCGUCGUAUGUAGGAGUAGAUAGGAGAAUGGUGGUUAGGAAGUUGGCUUGCUAUAGACCUUGUAAUGAGACGUCUAGCUGUGGUGGUGACACACUGUGUGUGACGUGCUGUGAAAGUGACUAUUGCAACGUAGGAGAUCAACAGGGUAAAGACGCUGGCCAGACUGAUGGAGAUUUCCAUUGUCAGAAGGGCCUGUUUAAAUGUCAUACUCAAGAACUAUGUCUCGACCAAUCAUCAAUAUGUGAUGGCUCAUUCGACUGUGACGAUCACAGCGAUGAAACAAACUGUCCAACAGAUUCAACUCAAGUGACAGCUGUAAAUGAUACAGGCGACAACUAUGUGUGUCCCUCAAUAAUGAUGUUUCUCUGUAAAUCCGACAUGGUGUGCAUAAGUGGUGCCUCACGAUGUGAUGGUCAGAGUGAUUGCUCCGAUUCCAGUGACGAGACAAACUGCAAAUCAAAUUGUACACAAGGAGACUUCAAAUGCAGUGGUGUGUGUGUCCCAGCGUGGAAGGUCCGUUGUAAUAGCAUUAUCCAGUGCACCGGAGGCAAAGACGAACUCGGCUGCUCUGCUCCGUGUGCUAGCGAUUUAUUUCAAUGUGGGGACGCAACAUGUAUUCUAGGCAAUAAAAAAUGUGACGGGUACCCCCAAUGUGGAGACUACUCAGACGAGACAAAUUGCACCUCUAGUUGUAAAAAGGGAGAGUUUCUGUGCGACAACGGGCAUUGCGUAGAUCAAAUAGUCGUUUGUGACGGUGGCAACAACUGCUGGGAUCGGUCGGACGAGAGGAACUGUAGUCCAUGCUUUGAUGGUUCGUUCCGUUGUUGGGAUCCUGUCCACAGCGACAAUUGUUAUCUUGACACGGAGCGAUGCGAUGGACACUUUCACUGUAAACAAGGUGCAGAUGAAAAAGGCUGUGGUGCUUGUGAUCCAGAUCAGUUUGCGUGUGAAAUAACUCAGGCAGAUGCGUCUCAUUGUUACGAUUCCUCGCAGUUGUGUGACGGACGUAUCGAUUGUAACAAGAAUCAGGCGGAUGAGUCUAAUCCUCUUUGCCAGUCUAACUAUCAAAAGUGUCCAACUGGUCUGUAUUCGUGUCUGUUGAAAGACAGCGAAGGCACACAAUGUUAUGAUGCCGUUCGUAGAUGUGAUGGUAUAGCCGACUGUCGACCAUCGGCAUCCGAUGAGACUGGCUGUUCACAUAAAUGCGACCACUUUUGUAAGGACACGUUUCAAUGUUGGAACGAGACGAACAGAUGUGAUGGAAAGUAUUUCUGUCCAGAUUUUUCCGAUGAGGAAGGAUGCGGAUUAUGCCUGUUUGAUCAAUUCCUCUGCCGAAAUAGCAACAAGUGCUUCCACAGAUCUGACAUGUGCAAUGGCAUUAGAGACUGUUGGGAUGGAUUCGAUGAAAUGUAUUGCUCUAAAGACACAUGUGGUGGUAUAGAUCAACUGUAUCCUGCAGCAGAGAGAUGUAACGGUAGGGUGUUUUGCACAUCAGGAGAAGACGAAAAAGGAUGUGGUCCAUGUCGUCCUGAUCAGUUUACAUGCGGCGGGAGCGAACUGACGACAUUGUGCUAUGACCAGCACCAACGCUGUAAUGAACAUGCUGACUGCCCGAGUCCUUCUGUUGAUGAAAUGAACUGUGUCUUCAGCAGUGAUUCGCAUGUAGUAGGUUCAGAUCAUCCAAGAACAGGACCGACUGCCAUCAAUCUCCCACAGAAGGCAUUCAGUAGCAAAGCCAUCAUUGCUAUCAUCUCUAUGUUGUUGGCUGUCACAGUCAUAUGUACUCUCAUUGCUGGCUUGUGCCUUAAGCGGCGGCGGCGGCGGCGGCGGCAGCAGUAUACGACUGAAAGAUCCUCUGUUUCAACAAACGAUUUGCUUCCACCACCGUACAGCGAAACGGAUGUUGGCAAUGUCUACUUUAACAACAGGCUACAGAUUCAAGAUCGUUUGACAUUCAUUGGGUUUCCAUCAAGUGAAAAUGAUGACGAUCUGCCGUCUUACGAAGAAUCGUUACUAUUGGCAGACACUAACACUAUGAUUAAUGGAACACACGAUGGACAGGCAGUGAAUGAGGCACAAGAUGACUAUUUACUUCCUUCUGAACAGGAGAUAGAUCACACAAAUGACGAGGAAGGAAACCCAGUCGAUAGGUUGCUGUAG